GAAGUAGAUUGACAAUAUGUCGAUAUUUCCUUGUCGGUAACACGUACAAUUUGACGACAAAGUCAACAUAAGCCUGUCUCAUCAUCGCUUUAUCUUUAGAAGGUAUCAGACCUAUUUCUGCAGGUGGGUACCGACAGAAGAUACUGUGUAAGAUGUAAACGUAAAGAACUAAUGAAAAAUUAAAUGGAGUUACAGGAUAUAAUUGAUCUCCCCAUAAGACAUGGCCUCACAUUCCAACGGACCGGAGUUUCAUUUAACUUGUGGAUUAUGUGCUCAAGAUUUUGAUAAUCCCGUGACCUUAAAGUGCCUGCACAGUUACUGUAUGGGCUGUAUACAGAAGCAUAUAUGCAAAACACGGGACGCAGAUUCUAAAGGUUACUUUAAUUGUCCAGUGUGCCACGUGCCGAUAGAAAAACCAGACCGAACGAUUCCUGCAAGUCAGUGGGCUAAUAAACUACCACCUAGUCAAUUCCUGAAGUGUCUGGCAGACGCAAUAACUGGCAAGUCAUCAGGUGACCUUUGUUCCCUAUGUUCACAAGGUAAAACGACAGUGCAGGCCUCUUUAUGGUGCCAAAAUUGUCACGAUGGUUUGUGUGACGCAUGCUCGGAUGUGCAUGCUAAAAUGAAAGUUUCCAGAAAUCAUACUACAGUUCCAAUUGCAUCGGUUUCUAAGCAAGAACGAAACAAGUCCGGUAAUCCUGUUUGUGUAGUUCACCCAGAACACUGUGUAGAAUUUUACUGUAACCAUUGCUGUGUUGUCUUGUGUCAAACUUGUGCCAUUGUUGAUCAUAGAAAGUGUGGGGAUAUCGUUAGUAUUGCUAUUGUAGCAAGACAAAAUCGCGCCGAACUUCACCAAACCCUCAACGAAAUCAAAACGUACGUGACUAUGGAUGAAAAAAAGAAAGAAGAUAUUCAACUUCAUACGUUGAAACUAAACGACAGCAAAGUGGACGUGGAAACUGCCAUUAAACAAUACGUGAAUGAUCUUAUCACGAAACUACGGCAAUCAGAACAAGAACUAAUAAAGAAAUUUCAAGUCGAAUACGAAGCCGCCACCGUUGAAUUAACAACACGAGAGGUAAAUAGUAAGAAAACUUACACUGCCCUAAAGCAUGUUGAAAAAUUCAUUGCUUCUGUAAUUACAAUGGGCUCAGACGCCGACAUAUUGAAUAAUGCACGAUUGAUUGAAAAUCAGAAACAGCGUCUGGUAGACAAUCAAACAGAACCGGUCGAAAAACCAAUUUGUUCCGAUAUGAAAUUUGUUUCUGAUGCGAAUCUGGCUUCCUUGAUAUCAUGCGGCUAUAUCGGUUGUAUUAAACCCCGUACCGCUUACAAAGUACAGAAGAUCGAAACUCAUUUAGAUGGUGAAAAUAAAGGAGAAUCAUGUGCUAUAGAUUUGACAAUUGUCACUAUAAAAGAGAAAAGCAUUCCAGUAGUAGUUGAUGGAACCAAUAAUUGUGUUAAAAUGCUUUCCGAUCCUCCACAUAAAAUAUCGUUGCGGAACCCAAGGCGAAUUGCGAAAUUAAGUAACCGCACUGUAAUAGUUACUUCAAGUAAACACGUGUCUUUCAUUGAUGUCGAGCCUCGUUUCCAGGUGAACAAAAUGGUGGAAACCCAAACGGAUUACACUGGCAUAGCUGUUAUUGGUGCCAAUAGAUUAGCUGCUAGUCGCUGGUCUUUCUCUGGCGGGGGAUUUGUUGAUAUCGUAGAUUUUGCUGGUCAUGUUUUACUUAAACUAGUCCUUAAAGAUUUACUAGACCCUAGUUAUUUAUCAACAACUACCACAGGAAAUAUAUUAGUGUCUGAUUGUCGGUCUAAGGCUUUGACGUGUCUAACACAAACAGGAGAAGUUGUGUUUAGUUAUAAAUCUGAGGUUGGAGAUAAAUUAAAAUUACCUUAUGGAGUGUGUACUUCUAAAGAUGGAAGUAUUUAUCUAGCAGACUAUAAUGGUGCCAGGGUGAUUAAACUUGGAAACAACGGCGAAUAUCUUGAAGAUUGCUUGACUAAAAGUCAGGGAAUUGAACGACCACGGGGUAUAGCUUUCGAUAGCUCCGACCACUUGUACGUGUGCCAUUGUAGGGGCUGGAUAAACGUUUUCAGAACUUCGUAAUCAAUUAUAUGCAAGCAAUAAUAUAUCUGAAAAUUUUAAAUCAGUAUGUGGAAUUUUGAUUUUAAAUGACAGUAUUAUUGAAUGAAAAGAUGCAUAUUCACUUAGUGAUUAUAAAUAUAAUAAUUUAAUAUGAAUCUGUAUACAUUCCUUUAAUCUUGAAGACUUACUUCUCACUAUAGUUACUACUAAUAUAUGAUUCUGUUCUGUAUACAUUCUUUUAGCUUGAGGACUUACUUCUCACUAUAGUUACCAAUAGUAUGAUUCUGUUCUGUAUACAUUCCUUUAGCUGGAAGACUUACUUCUCACUAUAGUUAGUGAUCGACAAGUGUAAGUUAAUUACUAAAGGAACUUUAAUUAGCCAAGGAUUUAUACAGAUGAUUACUUUAGUGAAAUAUUUAAUUUAAAGAAAACACAGUAAAUUUAGCCACAUGUAUGUACAUAUUUAUUGACUUUUGCCACAUUUUUUUACAUAUUUAUCACAUUUAUUUACAUAUAGACUGGUAAAAUGGUAUAUUUAAAACAAUUGUCUCUUUUUUUAUUAUCUAUUUAAUGACUAAUGAUACAUUUAUAAAAUCAUUAUUCACAAAUGAACAUUCAUUUUGUUCAUAAACUAACAAUUCAUCCAUACGCAAACUUUUAGAGUUUGAUUAAAACCAGUUCUGGCCGGGCAAUUAAACAAAUGAUCAUUUCCGUAAAAACAAAAAUGAAAUUGGUUACAGUUAAAGGGGUCAGCAUACAUACCGGGAGUCCAGGGACAUUUGAAAGCUGAAAUUAAUAAAUAAAACGGGUUAUUCAUACUUGUCUUAGGUUAAUAAAAGGUUCUAUAGAUAGAAACUCGAUGUAACGCAACCGAAUUGUUUGAUAUCCGAUGUGGGAAGAAAGCUUAUCGACUUAUACUAGAGGGGGUGAUUUUUGCGAGUAGAACCAAGUCUGGUAUUUGACGCUAUUGAAGGUUUAAUCGAAUAUACAUGUAAAUAUAUAGCCAAUUCAUGCAACGACACAAUCUGAAGCCCGAUAAAUUUUAUGCGAUAAACGUAGUAGCUGUAGAUCUCGUUAGUAAAUCAUGUAAUUGAAAUCAUGUAAGGGAAAUCAAAGGGGAAGCUAAUUAGUAUAAAAAUGGGUAGCAGUAUAUAAAAUUGAUUGAAUGGUAGAAAACGUAAUCAAACACACUUUCAUAUCUCAAUACCCCUUAAUUAUGGUAAUGGAUUAACCUUAAUUAACGUAAUAGAUUAACCAUUACAAUUUAUUAGUAUUCUGAUUCCAGUCGUACUUUUGUAUAGCCACCUUGGUUGAUUUUCUGAAUAACACUUUACGUGUUAUUUAACAGUUUCAUUUCGUAUUUAAACGAAUGAACUUUACUGUACCUACUGGGAUAAUGAAGAAGGGCAUAACCUAUACAAUGUGCUAUGGGGGGAAUUUUGCCAUGACAGCAAUUCAAUUCCAACUAUCAAGGGUUCUUUUACGCCAAAAUGUACACGACACCUCGUUUUUGUUUCAUUUGAUCCGAAAGACUAGCAAAGGUCAUUGACAGGUCCUCCGUCCUGUACCACUGACAAGGAGAAGAUUUGAAGAAAUAUUACAUGUUAUCAAUAUCCCUAAGUAUGUUUGUAUAUGAUUACCAUUUCCUCCAAUUGCUAUCUUUUAAUUUUAAACUAAUGUUUAUAAUUACCAGUGGUAGGGGGAAUGUAGGGUUUGGCGGUAGUAGGGGGUACCCAUGGUUUUCUGGUAGUUGGUCGUACCCAUGGUUUUCUGGUAGUUGUUGUUCUUCUGGUAGUUGGUCGUACCCAUGGUUUUCUGGUAGUAGUUCUUCUGGUAGUUGGUCGUACCCAUGGUUUUCUGGUAGUAGUUCUUCUGGUAGUUGGAGGAACCCAAGGCUUCAGAGUGGUAGUGGUUGUUCUUCUGGUAGUUGGUGGUGGUACCCAUGGUUUUUGUGUAGGUGGGGACGGGUUUAAUUUAUUUUGACACAUUUUUGAUCUUUAAAUUAAAAAUAAAACCAGAUUUAUACGAAUGGUGGGGUGGGGACGGGUUUAAUUUAUUUUGACACAUUUUUGAUCUUUAAAUUAAAAAUAAAACCAGAUUUAUACGAAUGAUUUGAGACAAUUAGCUAAUUAUAAAAACUAUUGCAAAACGUUAUAGGCAAUAUAAACCCAAUCUGUAAAUUAAUUAGCAUUUGUAAAGAUCUUACCCUUUUCCACUGAGUAUACAAUCGCUGAUAACAGAUAAUAGAGGAUAUGUCUUUCCACAGAAACCCCCAGUAAAGUCAUCCAAGUCUAUAGCCCAGAUCAUAGCUCCACCAAAAUUUUGAGAUAAUAGCCAGUCCAGCUAAAUUCAAUAGAUAGAUAUUAUGUAUUAAAUCAGUUUAUAUUUGUACAGUGUUUUUGUAAAUUAAGUUCUAUUUUAGUUAUAAGGAAUCAAACGCCUUAAAGUAUCGUUGUUCAUCUAGUGGAUAUGAAGCUUUAGCCGUUCUGCCAAUUGCAUUACUGAAGUAAAUUUAGUAAAUGUAUUUAGUUUUGUUAUCUUUCAAUUCGCUAAAUGCCACUAAAGGAUUAAGUAAGUUAUUCACAGACUUCUAAAGCUCGUAACAGACAUGCGCUAUUUCCUAUUCGAUUAUGUAGUAUCUAUUUUCAUUUGCCACUUUGUUUCUAACAGAAGGUUUAGCGCCCCCCUUUAAUACAUAUGGAGUUACACCCCAUGAAAUGCAGUGAAAAAUUCAGAGAUAUGUUAUUUUGGACAUGUGUAUUUUUGAUAAAAUGGGUGUUCUUCACAAAAUGGAUAAAUAGUAUUGAAUACAUAACAAAGGUUGGCAGUAGUAUUAAUGCUGGUACCAAAUGACACAUUUACUGUAUUUAUAUCGGACAUUUGAGUCUAAAGGAAUUUCGAGCCAAUAGCGAUUUUCAGUGACGGCCAAAAUUACCAAUGCGAGUAUCGAUUUGCGCUCGAUGCAUCCAAGCGUUAAAUGUUAUUUGAUAUCAGCACUAACAAACACUAAAAUUUUGUUAAGAGGCCUCUCCCGUUAAGCGGUCAGUCUUGAAAAUUCCCUUGAGUGGCUGCUGAAUUCAGAUUAUAUAUUGUACUUUCAAUUCUUGAUCAGAAAAUUGGCUUUAUAGAACCACUAACUACCUGUAAUUAUAAUUUACACACACCUUUGUUAAUAUACUGGCUUCAUCAUCAUAGCCAAUCCACUGAUCACCUGAUACAGCAUAUGGUACUUUCAUGUCAUCAUUUGUUGUUGUUUUAUAUUUAUUAUAUACAGAUUCACAGAUCUAGAACACAUGUAUAAAGAAGAUGUUUUGUUUUGGUAGGUAGUAAUUAUCAAUGAUAUCUAUCU